AUUAAAAGGACAAUGGGCUGCGUGUAUCCUGAUGGUAUCUUGUGUACAGUGACAUGUUAUUUGCUAUGGCAUCUGAGACUGAAAAGGCUCAUGCUCUUCUCCAAACUUUCAGCACAGCUUCAGUUAUUUCCAGUUUAGGAUUGGGAAUAUUCUGCUUCAUAGCAGACCGACUUCUGCAGUUCUCUUUCAUUCAGCAACACGACUGGCUCCGAGCUCUCUCUGAUAAUGCAGUGCAUGGUGUGGUGGGAAUAUGGUCCUGGGUGAUAGUGAUUGGGCUCAGGAAGAAGAGUGACUUUAGUGAAGUCAUUUUAGCUGGUUUCCUCUCUUCUGUCAUUGAUGUCGACCAUUUUUUUCUAGCUCGCUCCCUUUCAUUACAGGCUGCUCUGACUCUUCCACAAAGACCACUUCUUCAUUGUUCUACUGUGAUUCCUGUUGUGGCUGUGACAUUAAAGUUUAUUAUGCACCUUUUCAGGCUUAAGGACUCAUGGUGCUUUCUUCCCUGGAUGUUGUGUAUAUCCUGGACUUCUCACCAUGUCCGUGAUGGAAUUCGUCAUGGCCUCUGGAUCUGUCCAUUUGGAAAAACUGCUCCCUUGCCAUACUGGUUUUAUGUGGCAAUCACAGCAUCUUUACCUCAUCUGUGUUCAUUUCUUAUGUAUUUAACAGGGACCGGAGAACUAAUGUCUAUAAAACAUGGAAUUCACAUUGAUGUCUAAGGAUGAUAGUCCUUGGAAGUCACUUGUUUUGAAGCUUACAGUGAAGUUGAUCCCUGUGCAUUCCUCAUGAUUUCUAAAUUAGGUCCCUUGCUUCAUUCAGUGCACAGGAUGGAGUUACACUGAAGAUGAAUCAAGGUUGUGAGCUACUUUAUUUCUGGUAUCCUUUAACUGUUGCACGGAAGUAUCGCACCAUGUACCCAGAAGACUUCUAAGAAAAGUUCUAAAAUUUGAAAUCCAGAAAGAUGAUGGAGUGUGCAACAUACCAGC